AUGGCGACCGAUAUGAGCCUACCGAAACCUUCACGAUCCAACGCAGGGCAGUUGCCCAAAAGCGUCAAGGUUCGAUCAACGUGUAAUGCUUGCCAACAGGCUAAGAUUCGAUGUAGCCAUGAGAAGCCUUCUUGUCGUCGGUGUCAGAAGCACAAGAUUGACUGCAUAUACAGCGUUUCGCGGCGACUGGGCCGCCCGGCGAAAAAGAAGGAACGUAUGGUCAUGGACGAGAUGGAUAGCAGUUCGACGCAUGUCAUCCUCGAGCAGGAUCGUGAAAAGAAGACUCGAAAGCCCGCCAAGAGAAAGAUUCGUUCUCAACAGUCAAUCGCUACGACGCGAUCUCGGGCGGGCAGCCCUGCAGAGACCGGCCCAGCCGACGAGCAGACCCUAGCAGAGAGCAGCGUAGAUGAGUAUUCCGGCUUCGAACUUGGUAUUACGUCUGAUGGCUGGCUCCAAGAGUUGAUGACCAACCGAGUAAACGGGAAUGCGGACAACGCUUUUACAGAUUAUAGAUAUGACGAGUUUGGCUUCGAAGAAUUCGACUCCAUUGCAGGAUGUCUCAUGCAUUCAGAUCCACUUGCCUUUAGCGGAGCGGCAGAUGGUCAACUCUCAAUACCAACUGGCUUUGACUUCACUUCACCUCCUAUGCAACUCGAAAGCGAAUUUAAUGAGUUCCAGAAUACUCCCACUACAGAGCGCAUCGAAGCCCUGACUCUAGAAAACCCAACCUCGAUACAGUGGCCCUACGAUUCUACCCUCAGAGCGAACCCGCUACCCUUCACAGACCCUUGGUCCGAAGACAAAAUGGUACCUACAAGUAUCCUAGUCGAAACAGCGGAUAACAGCAACGGUUUACAGUCCUCGGGCUUCAAUCAGAACGAGGCCUAUUCGCCCCAGGACACCGAUUUCCCAGUUCUACUGGAGGCUCCGGCGAACUUCAACUGCGGCUGCUACAAGCAGGUUAUCAGCGAAUUGGUCAGAUUCGAGCUCAAAACCGGACCCAACGGUCUUUCCAGCAUCGACAGCAUUCUCGCAUGUCAAAAGGAACUAUUAUUACAAACUGAGUCGAUUUUACAAUGUAAACUGUGCUUUCAGUCCGAGGCUCAGGCUAAUGCGCUCAUGGUUAUUAUCGUGAUCAUUGACAGUCUGCUAACCACGCUCGAUGCAUCUGCUACACCCGGCAAACCUGUCAUCUUGGAGGCCCUUCCAGAUCCAAAUGCACAAGUGGGUCGCAGACAGAAGGACGUCGGAAAUUGUCUCAAAUCUCAUAUCGAUACGUGUCCGUUGCUAGUCGGUGGAUUUCAGGUGCCUGUGGAGGAGAAAUCAUGUUUCAUUCGGCAGGUGUUACAGGCGAGGCUGUCUAUGCUUUUGUUAACGGUGAGACGGAUUCGGAUGUGCAUGCAGCAGCAGCUUGCGGCGGCGUUUUCGCGGGGUCGACUUCUAAUGAUUAUGGAGACGGAUAGGAGAUUACAGUUGAUCAUGAUGAAGAUAAAGAUGACCGUUGGAUGA